AUGACGUCACGGGACUAUGCCGACGGCACUGUGCUGGAGCUGCGUGCGGGGCGGCUGGAGCUGGACUCUGUGCUCGCCUCAGCAACGGCCCGCCGCCAGCCCGUGCUCGUCCAGUUCAGCGCCUCCUGGUGCGGCCCCUGCCGCAUGAUGACCCCGGUGGUCGCUGAGCUGGCGCGGGCCCACACGGGGCGCCUGGUGGCAGUCAAGGUCGACAUCGAGGCCGGCCCGCCCAACAAGGCGCUGGCCGCCGCCCUGCGUAUCCAGUCCCUCCCCACUUUCCAGCUGUACCGCGACGGCGCGGUGGCCGACGCGCUGCAGGGCGCCAACCGCGCCGGCCUGUCGGCCCUGGUCUCUCGGGCGCUCGCCGAGGCGGGGCCGGCGCCCGACGCCGACGACAUGGCCGCCAGGCUGGCGCAGGCCCUGGGCAGGGUCAAGGCCGCGACCUCGCGCGAGGACUUCCACGAGGCCGCGCGCGUGCUCCUGCGCUUCGUGGGGAACGUGCUGGACCAUCGGGACGACGCCAAGUACCGCCGCGUGAAACUGGCCAACCCCGUCUUUGCGUCCAAGCUGGGCUCGCGGCCCGGGGGAGUGGAUGCCAUGAAGGCCAUCGGUUUCGUGGAGAGGAUGGAGGCUGCAGAGGGCGUGCUGAUCAUGGACACCAUCCCUGACCAGCUGGAGAGGGUGAAGCAGCUGCUGGAGGCAGCCAUGUCAAGUGCCGCCGGCGGUGGGCAGGCCGCCCGCGCUGCCAGCGGGCCCGCCGGCGCCGCCGCCGGCGGGACAAGCACCAGCGCAGCUGGCCCUGCUGGAGAGGAAGGGGCCACCGGAAGCAUGAGCCCGACGGCCGCCCCGCCUCCUGUGGCGGUCAGCGCGGAGACUGCUACAGGCACAAACACAGCCCGGACUGCGUUUGCCGUGGCACCCACAGGCGCGGCCCCUCAAGCGCCCCUCCAGAGCCCGGGGGAGCAGGCACGGACUGCACGCCUGAUGGCGAAGCUCCUGGCCGCAGCGCUGACGAGCGGCGGGGUCGGUGCAAGCACUGAAGCAAGCGCCGAUGCCGCCCCGACAACCGAUUCCUGA